CAACAAGGUGGACUCAAGUAUGGUUCUUUUUUCUCCCCUUGAAAAAUUUUCUAGUUGAACACAAACACAUACCCUUGUCUCAAUAAGGGUGGUGACCAAUGACCAUCAUUUUAUAAUGACAAUCCCUCCAUGCUUUCAUAGCUUUCAACUAAAGUUCUUUCCACCCAAUCAUUUGUCACCCCUCUCAAAGGACACCUUGCUUUUAUUUAAAUGUCUCAAUGAACUGGCAGCAUCUUUGCUUCAACCUUAAGCUCCUUUUUUAAGCUUUUAUGUCACACUUGUUAAGGGAUAGUGUACUAUCUUAAUUUGGCAAAGGUGAAGGUUCAUUCCAAAAUGGGAAGACAGCCUUGUUGUGAUAAGGUUGGUUUGAAGAGAGGUCCAUGGACUAUUGAGGAAGAUCACAAGCUUAUCAAUUUCAUCCUCAAUAAUGGUAUUCACUGCUGGAGAACAGUUCCCAAGCUAGCAGGCUUGCUAAGAUGUGGAAAGAGCUGCAGAUUGAGAUGGAUUAAUUAUCUGAGGCCAGACCUCAAGAGAGGUGGAUUUACUGAAAAGGAAGAGGAUCAAAUUAUACAACUACAUUCAUGUCUAGGUAACAGGUGGUCUAAGAUUGCUUCACAUUUUCCAGGGAGGACAGACAAUGAAAUCAAGAACCAUUGGAACACAAAAAUCAAGAAGAGGUUGAAGUUCCUUGGUGUGGACCCUAUGACACUGAAGCCAAUUGAGCAAAAGGAACAAUCUGGUGAUGACAAAAACAUGACAGACCAACAGCAAAAAAACACUUCAAAAGGGUCUGAGCAAGGUGUGGAGAACAUGUCCUUGGACAUGACAAAAACAGAAGGGAAAAUGGAAGAGAACAAGGUGAUGACUUGGGAUGAUACCACAGAUUUUUCAAACUAUGAGAUGUUAUGCUCACAAUUGGACUUGGGAUCAUGGAUGAGCCAAGAAACCAAAACCAGCACUACUAGUUCUUACUGUAGUUCCUCUUUCUCAUUGGAUGAUUCUAGCAACCUUUCUAUGGAUGAAUCCUCUUACCUUCAGGAAAAUUCCUUACAACAAUGGGUUGAUGGCUUCGAUUCAAUUCUACCAUGGGAUAGCUUCAACCCUCUUGAGAAAGAUUUUCUCUUUUUGGAUAAUAGGCAAUAAGCAUAACCAUUUCUUAAAACUGCCCCAUUUUUACAAUCUCUCAUGCAAUAAAAUGUUACAAAGUAUGUUGUGAAGAAGAUUGCCACUUUCAUCACUUCAUCUUCUAUC